AUGUUUAUUUUUAAAGAUUUUCAAAAACCAAACAAAAAGGAGAUUAUUCAAAAAUGUAAAAAGGCAAAAUAUUUGUUAGAACAGUUGAUAUUGCAUAAAGUAAUUCAAUACAAAAUAAAAUUAAAGUAA